AAGAUGAUCCGUCUCCCUUUCUUCUCCCCAAAGAAAGAAGCGAGAGAGAGAGAGAGAAAGCUUCGCAGGCGACGAUGGCGAGCGGCGGCGUGGUGAAGAAGGAGAUCGGCGGGAACCACGACGUCCUCCGCUUCGGCGUCAACGACAGCGUCAAGGGGGACCUCGCGCCGCCGCACCCGCUCCAGGCCAGCGUCCACAAGGAUGCCAAGUUCUGGGCGGACAAGAAGAGGUUCGGCGCGGAAGCCAUCUACGGAUCCGCCUUCAACAUCCGCAAGGAUCUUGAUGCCCAAAUCCUCUCCAAGUUCCAAAGGCCCCCUGGUGCAUUGCCGUCAUCUAUGCUAGGAUAUGAGGCACUGACUGGUUCCUUAGAUGAUUUUGGGUUUGAAGAUUAUCUUAACUUGCCCCAAGAUUCUGAAAGCUUCCGUGCUCCCGACAUGCACCACGGAAUGGAGGUUCGCCUCGGUUUGUCAAAGGGACCUGUUUGCCCUAGUUUCAAUUGAUUUCUCAAAAAUGUAUUUCUUGUCUUACACUGCGCUCCUCGUUCAGUAUCUAUAUCGGUCUUUAGACCGUGACCGUGACCGUGACAUGUAAGAACUAUAGGUAUUGCAUCCGUUUGAGGAGUUCUAAAAUCGAAUUUAAUGUUAUCAUGUUUGAACUUAUGUCCGGUUUGCUGGUUGCUGUGGUCGAAUGCACUUAAGAAAAUGAUUUGCUCCCUGCAUGGA